GCCGACGCAAGAUGGCGGCGGACACUACAACGGAGCUUCUGUUUUUAGACACUUUCAAGCACCAGAGCACGGAGCAAAGUACUAAUGUAGACGUCGUUCGCUUCCCAUGCGUAGUUUACAUCAAUGAAGUGCGUGUCAUCCCUCCAGGAGUAAGAGCUCACUCUAACUUACCUGAAAAUAGAGCUUAUGGUGAAACAUCCCCUCACACAUUUCAGUUAGACUUGUUUUUCAACAAUGUCAGCAAGCCAAGUGCCCCUGUAUUUGACAGGCUGGGAAGCCUGGAAUAUGAUGAGAACUCUUCCAUUAUUUUUAGGCCCAAUGCAAAGGUCAACACAGAUGGGCUAGUUUUAAGAGGCUGGUACAACUGCCUGACGCUGGCAAUAUAUGGCUCUGUUGAUAGAGUAGUAAGCCAUGACAGGGACUCUCCUCCUCCUCCUCCUCCACCACCGCCCCCUCCUCAGCAACAAACAACAUUGAAAAGAACUCCAAAACUUGCAGAUGGAGAGAAAGAGGAUCAGUUCAAUGGCAGUCCUCCACGACCACAGCCCAGAGGACCAAGGACUCCACCAGGUCCCCCUCCUCCUGAUGAUGAUGAAGAUGAGCCAAUGCCUGUUCCAGUGGUUGGAGAAAAAGAUGAAGAUGUUGAUCACAGAGAGGAUUACUUUGAGCCCAUUUCUCCUGAUCGGACAUCCGUUCAUCAAGAGGGCCCAUAUUCUGAUGAAGCAGAAGUGGAAGAAGACCAGCCAGAAGAAGUGGAGGAGGAUGAGGAGGGAGUGGAUGUUGAGGAAGAGGAAGAAGAGGAAGAUGAUGAUGGUCAAACAGUAGAGAGUAUUCCAGAGGAGGAGGAGGAAGAGGAGGAGGAGGAGGAAGAGGAGGAGGAAGAGGAGGAGGAAGAGGAGGAGGAGGAGGAAGAUGGCGAUGAAGAGGAGGAAGGUGAAGGAGAUGAUGGUUACGAGCAGAUUUCAAGUGAUGAAGAUGGGAUUGCUGACUUGGAACGGGAGACAUUUAAAUAUCCAAGUUUUGACAUAGAGUACACUGCUGAAGAUCUAGCCAGAGUGCCACCGGUGACCUAUGAUCCUUUUGAUAGGGAGCUUGGGCCGCUUCUGUACUUUGGGUGUCCCUACAAGACCACUUUUGAGAUGGAAGUUGCUAAGAUGAGAGAUCAAGAUCCAGAGAAGGAAAAUUUGGGAGCUGUUGAGGCCUCUGUUAAAUUAACUGAACUCCUUGAAUUAUAUCCAGAAGAAAGAGGUGCAAAGUGGGUUACUGCUUUGGAAGAAAUUCCAGGUUUGAUCGUGAAAGGACUGAGCUACCUGCAGUUAAAGGACACAAAUCAGGAUUAUAUAAGCCAAUUGGUUGACUGGACAAUGCAAUCAUUAAACCUGCAGGUAGCAUUGAAACAGCCCAUUGCUUUGAAUGUCCGUCAGCUUAAAGCUGGGACCAAACUUGUCUCCUCACUGGCAGAAUGUGGAACUCGAGGAAUAGCAGGACUCCUGCAAGCAGGAGUAGUGGAUUCUUUAUUUGAACUCCUUUUUGCAGAUCAUGUCUCUUCUUCUCUUAAACUUAAUGCGUUCAAAGCUUUGGAUAGUGUCAUUAGCAUGACAGAAGGAAUGGAGAUCUUUCUGAGGAGUGGCUUAGAGGCACAUGAAAAAAGUGGUUAUCAGCGAUUACUGGAGCUUAUCUUGUUGGACCAAACAGUAAGAGUAGUCACAGCAGGUUCCGCAAUUUUACAGAAAUGCCACUUCUAUGAGAUUUUGUCAGAGGUCAAAAAGUUUGCUGAUCAAUUAGCAGAAAAUUCUCCAUCCCUUCCUAAUCAUUCUGAGCCUGAGCAGGAUCCAGAUACUGGGCUUGAGAGAGGCAGCCAGGAAUAUGAAAAUGACGUGGAGGCUCCAAUGGAUAUGGACAACCUGUUAGAGUCCUCCAAUAUAAGUGAAGGAGAAGUGGAAAAACUUAUUAGCCUUUUGGAUGAAAUUUUGCAUUUGAUGGAGACCGCACCUCAUACCAUGGUUCAGCCGCCUGUGAAAUCUUUCCCAACAACAGCACGUAUUACAGGACCUCCAGAAAGAGAUGACCCUUUCCCAGUCCUCUUCAGGUAUCUUCAUAAUCAGCAUUUCUUGGAAUCGCUCACAUUGCUGCUUUCAAAUCCUAUUACUAAUGUGCACCCUGGUGUGCUUCAGGCUGCCAGGGAUAUACUAAGGUUCUUGGCACAGUCACAGAAAGGUCUCCUUUUUUUCCUCUCUGAGUAUGAAGCCACCAACUUGUUGGUUCGAGCCUUUUGUCAGUUUUCUGAUCCUGAUCAAGAGGAUGGUCUCCAAACAGAUGGUGCGAGUGACGAAGCUUUUCCCCUAUGGCUUCUGCAUUCAACUCAGACGCUGCAGUGUAUUUCAGAACUUUUCUGCCACUUCCAGCGUUGCACAGCCACUGAUGAAACUGACCAUUCAGAUCUCCUGGGAACACUUCAUAACCUUUACUUGAUCACUUUCAACCCUGUAGGAAGAGCUGCUGUUGCUCAUGUCUUCAGCCUUGAGAAGAAUCUCCAAAGUCUUAUUACCUUAAUGGAGUUCUAUUCCAAAGAAGCAUUAGGUGACUCCAAGUCAAAGAAGUCAGUUGCUUAUAAUUAUGCCUGCAUCCUUGUUCUGUUGGUGGUUCAGUCCUCCAGUGAUGUCCAAAUGCUUGAGCAUUACUCAGCACCCCUUUUGAAGCUUUGCAAAGCUGAUGAAAAUAAUACCAAAUUGCAAGAACUUGGCAAAUGGUUGGAGCCUUUGAAAACCCUUCGGUUUGAAAUUAAUUGUAUCCCAAAUCUCAUUGAAUACAUUAAACAGAAUAUUGAUAGCUUGAUGACACAGGAAGGAGUCGGUCUUCCUACUGCACUUCGUGUUCUAUGCCAUAUUGCAUGUCCACCACCACCUGUUGAAGGUCAACAGAAGGACCUUAAGUGGAACCUUGCAGUCAUUCAGCUGUUCUCUUCUGAAGGAAUGGACACUUUUAUUCGAGUUCUGCAGAAGCUAAACAGUAUUCUCAUUCAGCCCUGGAGGCUCCAUGUCAACAUGGGAACCACCCUUCAUCGAGUCACUACAAUCUCCAUGGCUCGAUGCACCCUCACUCUCUUGAAAACCAUGUUAAUUGAGCUAUUGCGGGGAGGAUCCUUUGAAUUCAAAGAUAUGCGAGUCCCUUCAGCACUUAUUUCUUUACACAUGCUCUUGUGUUCUAUUCCCCUCUCAGGACGUUUGGACAGUGAUGAACAAAAAAUCCAGAAUGACAUUGUUGAUAUCUUAUUGACUUUUACCCAGGGUGUUAAUGAAAAGCUAACAAUUUCAGAAGAAACUCUGGCCAAUAAUACUUGGUCACUUAUGCUGAAAGAAGUUCUCACUUCUGUUCUGAGAAUUCCAGAAGGAUUUUUCUCUGGUCUUAUACUUCUUUCUGAAUUACUGCCUCUUCCACUGCCCAUGCAGACCACUCAGGUUAUUGAACCACAUGACAUAUCAGUGGCUCUCAACACCAGGAAGCUAUGGAGCAUGCAUCUUCAUGUUCAAGCCAAAUUGCUUCAAGAAAUAGUUCGAUCAUUUUCUGGUUCUACCUGUCAGCCUAUUCAGCAUAUGCUGCGGCGCAUCUGUGUUCAGUUGUGUGACCUGGCUUCACCAACUGCUCUUCUUAUUAUGAGGACUGUUCUAGAUCUACUUGUCGAAGAUCUACAAAGCAAUCCAGAAGAUAAAGAGAAGCAGUACACUGGCCAGACCACACGCUUGCUUGCAUUACUUGAUGCCCUGGCUUCACACAAAGCUUGUAAACUGGCUAUUUUGCAUCUGAUUAAUGGAACUGCUAAAGGCGAUGAAAAAUAUGCCGAAGUUUUCCUGGAGCUUUUGUCUUUAAUGCGAACUGCGGGGGAUAACAUCAUUCAUCAGCAAUGUGCUGAAUACUUGGCUUCUAUUUUGCAGUCCCUCUGCGACCAGGUAUUUCAGACUGGUAAUCUGAAGAAUGCUUUGUUUCUGGUUUUUGUUGUUGUUGUUUUUGCUGUGUGCAUGUUGUCAUCAUUAUUACACACAUUUAGAUAUAGUGCACUCUUGUGCAAGUGUAAACAACAGAGCAGUGUAGAGAGGUGUGUUUUGCAUGGGAUCUUGCAGCAGAUUCAGGAUCUUCUUUGCUCUACAUGAACAAUAGAACCAACCCAUCAAAGUUGUUA